AUGGGUAGUACUCCAUCUUUAGGUAAACGUCACAACAAGUCCCACACUUUAUGUAACAGAUGUGGCCGUCGUUCUUUCCACGUCCAAAAGAAGACCUGUUCUUCUUGUGGUUACCCAGCUGCUAAAAUGAGAUCUCACAACUGGGCUUUAAAGGCUAAGAGAAGAAGAACUACCGGUACCGGUAGAAUGGCCUACUUGAAACACGUUUCUAGAAGAUUCAAGAACGGUUUCCAAACCGGUGUUGCCAAGCCUCAAUCCGCUUAA